UUUUACCUCAUUGUUAUCAGUACAUAGUCAUUCCCCAGGCCCCCUCGACUGUCGUCUUUUGCAAUUUGAUGUUUGUGGCUGUCGUGGGUUAGUUUAGCUAGGGCGUCAAGGGUCCACCGUUUUUUGUAGUAUAAUAAUACUUGUAACUGUCAGAUAAACCCUUUCCCGAUCCUCCUAUCAGAAAUCCUUUGUUCUGGGUCCUUGUGCUGAAGAAAAUAAUUAGAUUUAAAAAACUGACCAGGAAGAUACACGAUUCUUUCUUCUACUGCAUUUACACGUACACAACCGGCAGUGAUUUCCUUGAUGCGUGCGCACUACUUGUAGACAGUCACCUGUACCUGUCGGAACCUGGCAACGCUUGGGAAGUGGACGCAUUGGUACUAGAGGUAGUACUGGUAGUUCCGCUCUGCAGUGUAGCUGUCACUUGCACUUGCAGUGUUGCAGUGUUUCCCUUGGCUGACAACAGCCUUGAACAUGUGUGGCAUCUUCGCCUAUCUCAACUUCCUUCACCCACAAAGCCGCAAGAAAAUCCUGCAAAUCCUGGUGGAUGGUCUCAGGCGACUUGAGUAUCGGGGAUAUGAUUCCGCGGGAAUUGCUGUAGACGGUGCUUUGGACGGUGAAAGGGCUAAUCGCCACAUUCAUCUGUUGAAGCAACGUGGAAAGGUGCAGGCACUCAAUGAUUUGAUCGAUUCCUGCACUGACCUGGACUUCAGUGAAGAGCUGUCAGCGCACGUUGGCAUUGCUCACACACGAUGGGCGACACACGGCGAACCCAGCCCAGUGAACAGUCACCCGCAUCGCAGCGAUGACGGGAAUGAAUUUGUUGUCAUCCAUAACGGCAUUAUCACCAACUUCAAGGUGCUCAAGCAGUUUCUGCAGAACAAAGGUUACGCCUUUGAGUCGGAGACCGACACGGAGGUCAUCCCGAAACUACUCAAGUACAUUUACGACACGACUGCUGACGAGAAGCUAGAGUUCUGGCAGCUGGUUGAGCGAGCUGCGCUGCAACUAGAGGGUGCAUUUGCCCUGGCGGUGAAGAGUCGCCGCUUCCCAAAUGACCUGGUGUGCACGCGCCGCGGCAGUCCACUGCUGGUGGGCAUUCGCAGCAUGGACGAGGUGAGCAGCGCAGACCGUGUGCCCGUGCUGUACAGCUGCGAUCAGCAGCUGGGAAACGAGCGCGUGCAGCUGGGGAAAGUCCCUGGCAUCACCACGUACGCACCCGACAACGAGCGGACGCCCAUCGAGUACUUCUUCGCCUCGGACCCGAGUGCAGUCAUCGAGCACACGAACAGAGUGAUCUACCUGGAGGACGAUGACAUUGCUGCCGUCAGGAAGGGCUGCCUGAGCAUUCACCGACACAAACGCAUUGAGGAGGAUGAGAACAUGGUGCGGUCAGUGCACACUCUCAAGAUGGAGCUGCAGCAGAUCAUGAAGGGUAAUUUCGAGGCGUUCAUGCAAAAGGAGAUAUUUGAGCAGCCGGAGAGUGUCGUCAACACGAUGCGUGGCCGUAUCAACUUUGAAGAGGGCACAGUAACUCUGGGUGGACUCGUGUCGCAUCUGAGCGAAAUUCGCCGCUCGCGCCGUCUGAUUUUCAUUGCGUGCGGCACCAGUUAUCACAGUGCAAUGGCGACGCGGCAGUUACUGGAAGAGCUAACCGAGCUGCCAGUGAUGUUGGAGCUGGCUAGUGACUUCCUGGACCGCAGCACUCCAAUCUUCCGCGAUGAUGUGUGCUUCUUUGUCUCGCAGUCCGGUGAAACGGCUGACACCUUGUUGGCACUGCGGUACUGCAAGGGACGUGGUGCACUGUGCGUGGGCAUCACCAACACUGUGGGUAGCUCUAUCUCUCGCAUGACCAACUGUGGUGUGCACAUCAACGCUGGCCCAGAGAUUGGCGUUGCCAGCACAAAGGCAUACACAAGUCAGUUCAUCUCCUUGGUCCUGUUUGCACUCAUGAUGUCUGAAGAUCGUGUCAGCCUGCAGCCUCGGAGAAGGGCCAUAAUUGAAGGUUUGCGGGUGCUGCCCGACCUGAUCAAGGAGGUUCUCAAGCUGGAUACCUCUAUCAAGCAACUCUCCGCCGAGCUGCUCGAGGAGAAGAGCUUGCUGCUGAUGGGCCGCGGCUUCAACUUUGCCACGUGCCUGGAAGGCGCGCUGAAGGUGAAGGAGGUGGCAUACAUGCACUCGGAGGGCAUCAUGGCCGGCGAGCUAAAGCACGGUCCGUUGGCUCUGGUCGAUUCCAACAUGCCCGUGCUCAUGAUCUGCGUGCGCGAUGGCACGUACACCAAGUGCCAGAACGCACUGCAGCAGGUGAUGGCGCGCGCCGGCCGCCCCAUCGUCAUUUGCCAGCAGGACGACGAGGAGAUCACCAAGCUCAGCGUCGGCCGGCAGCUGCGCGUGCCGCCGUGCGUCGACUGUCUCACCGGCAUCCUGACUGUCAUCCCCCUGCAGCUGCUCUCCUUCCAUCUUGCUCGUGCUCGCGGCUACGAUGUGGACUGUCCGCGUAACCUGGCCAAGUCCGUCACCGUUGAAUAGUGGCAGGGGGUGUGUGCGAGAGUGUCUUCUUUGACGGGCGAUGCUCAAGUUUUUAAAUCCUUGUUUUCCGAGCUGACCCACGAAACAAAGGGCACCUUGGUAUGCACUUUGUGUGAUGUCUACUAGGACCACGUUUCCAUCCAGCUUGUGUUCUUUGCAACACAGGCACACUGUUGAUUGUUUUAUCUCCAUUUUUUACUCAAAUCAAGGCAUUGUUGAUAUUAAACCUUCACCACAUCACAUGCGUGCAUAUCUUAUUUAUUUUUUAUUCACUCACCGUGCCAUUCCUCAAUACUAUUUGGCUCUGUCCGUUGUCAUUUGCCAGUGUGCAUGAACAGUGCACUGCACACGUAUGUUAUUGGGAUUCUCAUUUCUACACUAGCUCUCAGGGCGGCGCUAUCCGUUCCAUUAUAAUCUGGCAAGUGAAUGCCGGAUCUUUAUCUAACUUUUUAUUAACUGGAUUCUUUCUUCCUUCAUUCUUGUCUGAUCUUCAGGUAAGAAUGCGAGGUACAGUA